GUCAAUGGUCUUUGUGGAAAAAUUUGAGAAAAGUGAAAUAAAGCAGUGAUCAUAGAGAGGAUAGGAAGAGUAGAAAAAUCAACUUUUAUUUGUCUUUUUAAAGAGAGCCUGCCGCAGAAGCAAUAAUUAUAACCUAUUGUCACAAACUCAACAAAGAAAAACAAAAUGGUAGUAAUGAUGUUUCGAAGCAAAUCUUACUACUUUUUUACCUUGUAUUUCUUCGUCUUGGUUUCUCUCGAACUACACACUCUUGCUUCUUCUACGCUCAACCGUUGUGGCCAUGACCAGAGGGAUGCUCUUCUGGAGUUCAAACACGAGUUUCCAGUGAAUGAAUCCAACCCACAAGCUUAUCAUAUACAUUCAUGGAACAAGAGCAGGGAUUGCUGUUCUUGGGAGGGUGUCACGUGCGAUGCUAAAUCUGGCAAGGUGAUUUCACUUGACCUUUUUUCCGUCAUUCUCAACAACACUUUGAAACCAAAUAGUGGUCUUUUCAAACUCCAAUAUCUUCAAAACCUAUCCCUUUCCGAUCUCUAUGGAGAGAUUCCUUCUUCAUUAGGAAACCUUUCUCAUCUCAUGUAUCUUGACCUUUUCGGUAAUGAAUUUGUUGGUCAAAUUCCAGCUUCAAUUGGAAACUUAACCCAACUAAGGUAUCUGAGACUUAGGGGUAACAAAUUAAGUGGCAAAAUGCCUGUUUCAUUUGCCAACUUAACGAAACUGAUCGACCUUGACCUCAGUGAUAACUACUUUGAAUCCGAGCUUCCACCUGACAUGAGUCGACUCCACAACUUGGAGUAUGUUGAUGUGAGGGGAAACUUCUUUUCUGGAUCUUUUCCUACAUCCUUGUUCUUGAUUCCUUCGUUACAAUCGGUUUAUUUAGUGAGAAACGAGUUCAAGGGACCUCUAGAGUUUGGGAAUUCAUCUUCAUCGUUUAGACUUAGUCUUCUAGACCUCGGUCAUAACAAAUUCUAUGGCGCAAUCCCUGAAUCCUUUUCUAAAUUUCUCAGUCUCGACGUCUUAGAUCUUAGCUUCAACAAUUUCAUUGGGCCGAUCCCCAUAUAUAUAUCUAAGUUUGUCUACCUCUCUUACCUUGAUCUUUCCUACAAUAAGUUCGAAGGUAAAGUACCAGGUUCCUUAUGGAGAUUAUGGGAUGAGUUGAAACUUUCUAACAACUCUUUUAGCAGUUUUGGUACACCAUCACAAGUUUUCGAACGACAAAGUAUGCGUGUUUUGCUUCUUGAUUCGAAUUCAUUCCAUGGACCGUUUCCCCAUUGGAUCUGCAAGCUUAAAAAUUCUUUACAGUUAUUAGACCUGUCCAACAAUAGGUUUAGUGGGUCAAUUCCUCAAUGUUUAAGGAAUUUCACUGAGCUCCUUCAAGUGCUUAAUCUGCGAAACAACAAUUUCAGUGGAACUCUUCCAGAUAUGUUUGUCAAUGCUACUGUUUUAAAGGCACUUGACAUUAGUCGCAACCGGUUGGAAGGAAAGCUUCCAAAAUCCUUGCUUAAUUGCAAAGCUAUGAAGAUUUUGAAUGUGGAAAGCAACCACUUCAAGGACAAGUUUCCAUUUUGGUUGGGCUCUCUAUCAUCUUUAAAUGUCUUCAUCCUGCGAUCCAACCAAUUUUAUGGGCCUUUGUAUCAUCAACAUGUAUCCAUAGGGUUUGAAUAUUUAAAAAUCAUCGAUGUCUCACAUAACGGCUUCACUGGAACCUUCCCUGGUUUCUAUUUUUCCAACUGGCAUGAAAUGAUCACAUCAAACGCAGAAGAUGAUGGUGAAGAAUACAUGGAACAUAUUGUGCAUUACGAUGACUACUACCGCUUUUCAAUGGAAAUGGUGCACAAAGGCGUAGAUACAGAAUUUGAGAGGAUCCGAAAAGACUUUAUAGCCAUUGACUUUUCAGAAAACAAAUUUCAUGGAAAAAUCCCCGAAUCCAUUGGAUUGUUGAAGAGAUUGCGACUUCUCAACUUGUCUGGUAAUGCAUUCACAAGCAAUAUACCUCAAUCAUUGGCUAAUUUGACAAACCUUGAAGAAUUAGAUCUAUCACGGAAUCAGUUGUCAGGUCAAAUUCCUCAAGAGCUUGGUAUCCUCACCUUUCUAUCAACCAUGAACUUCUCACACAACAAUCUCGAAGGUCCAAUACCACGAGGCACACAGUUUCAGCGCCAAAAUUGUUCUUCAUUCAUGGACAAUCCUAGAAUCUCCAAUCUCGAGGACAUCUGUGGAAAACCUCCUGUCCCGGAUCUUACACCACAAGGAUCGGAGGAAUUGUCGGAGCCUAAAGAACAAGUGAUUAACUGGAUAGCAGCAGCAAUAGCAUAUGGACCUGGUGUUUUUUGCGGAUUGGUGAUUGGACAUAUCUUCGUUAAGCAGGAGUGGUUCAUGGAAAAGUUUCGUAGAAACAAACCAAGAGUUGUCAUCAGAAGUGCUCGUUGAAUUGUCCUUCUAAGCAUUUGUCAAGUUUGUAAGAAUUUACCAUCAGCGUUCUCCAAUAACUCGUUUGUGUUUUGUAAUUUUCUACUUUAUGGUUUUUUGUAAUAAACCUCUUUGACCGAUGUGUGGUAUCAAGAGUAUAUAUUGCAUUGAAUCUUCCUUACGAAUUGAAGUCUUUCUAGGUGAAAAAGUACAAAGGAAAUUAUGCUUCUCCUAACCCA